AACUAUUUCUCAUACAUAUGUACAUACUCGGUGUGUAUUUUUACAUCGUAAUGCGCGCGUGUGUAAAAAAUGGUAUCGUUUAUUUCAGACAAAUUUAUGCGGUUAUGCGACAACGAUUGAUUCGGAAAAUUACAAUUUCUGUCUCGACAAAAUUCGAGCGUUCGUCGUACCCAGUCUGGAACAUAGACUCCGUUCACUGUUGGAACAGUUUCUGUACGGCACGAAUUCCGGUUGGAAGGAGCAAUUUUUGCGUUUUAAGAAAUUCGUCAAAGCGAUAGGAAGAACGCGGGGAACUUGUCCAAACGAAACCACCGAUAGUGAUAUCGACGCGAUCAGUUGGGAAGUCGUGAAACACGCGGUGAAGAACGAUUUGAUCCGUCCGUUUCUGAAUUCGAUUAUUUUGCGACACAGAUUGGACAAAAUUUGCCGCGAAUUGAAUGCAAUAGGAAUCGAUAUCGCGAGAGGCUUAAACGUGUCGGGUUUUGUCAACAAUGAAAACAAUCGAACGGAUCACAACUGGUUUACGUACGUUUUGUAUGAAAAAAGUCACAUAUGUUAUCGUUAACUUGAGAACAUUUGUAAUUGUCGAGUUUUAUACUCGACAGGUGUCCCGAUAUCGGAGCGAACUCUUCUGGUAUGAAUUCGACGACACUCGGCGACGCGAAAGAACCGAUUGGACGCGUCGAAUCGUCAACGGAAAACGAUGACGAUCGUAAAGAAACGAUCGAGCAACCGACGUCGUCGGAAUCCGUUCGAGCAUCCGUUCGGAUUGACGAAUCGAGACAAAAUUCAAAUCACUUUGCAACUGAGUCGUCGCGUAACGACGACGUUGAUGAUAAAGUACAAAUUUCGCGCAAAACAUCUUGCGACAUCACGUCGAACAAGAUACAGCAGCGUCACAAAGUGAGUUUAAAACUGGUCAUGCGCAAGUUACACAUGGAAGAUUGCAGUUGCUCAACACUUUCGAAUCUCGUAAUUUCUCGUUUACGCUUACCUUGCAAACCGAGCGACCUGAUCGGUCGAAUUUUCGAAGCCGAUCCGUCGCUCUCCGAAUCUUGUCUGAUAGUGAUAAAGCGAAAGUUUCAAGCCGAUGUGCGCAAUCUUUGCUCGUGUCUCAACGACGUGCUUGAGAAACUGAGCGUCGAGUUUACGAACACGAGUUCGCGCCUCUAUUGCGAUAUACGUUCCGGAUAUAUCAGCUUUAAAUUAAAAAUCGAUAAAGUUGCCGACAAAUGCCCGUUCGUUGCCAGAGUGCCGAUUUGUCAAAAUGUACACAAACGCGCGAUGCGAAAUUUUGUUGUUUCGUGUGAUUGCGACGCGUAUCCGAAACGCGUUAAAGCGAGCGAAACGAGAUGUUCGGAACAAUGUAAAAAUGAAUGUAAAAACGGCGAUAACAAUUUUUGCAACACACUUGUGAGCAUCAACGAAAACAGUAAAGUGUCCAAUGACACUUGUUGUUCGGGUCAAGCUUUUGUAAAAUCUCACGUGAUGGUAAAUACGUCGAAGUGUAAAACGGAAAAUAAUAGUGAGAAAGUAACUGUGAGCGUGAUUGUUCGGAACAACGAUUCCGAACGCACGCAAGAUCUCACAGUCUCGUGUCGUAGUAACGAAUUGGACGAAAACACCGUCGAGAAAGAAGAUUCACCUGACGACUCGAGUAAUUCGAUCGCGUCACUUGCCAAAGAAAAUACGUUUUGCAAAAGCAACUUGACGUCGGAAAGAAAUAACGCCCGUGUCUCCGACAACGAGGAAUUCGACAAUUCCCCGCAGAUCAGAAACGAUGACGAUAAGCGCGACUGGAUGAUCCGCUCACCGGAUGAGGAAUUAAAUCGGAAAAAUGAAGAUUUUGCUGCUGCUACAAGCAGCAUUGCGUCGUUUGUACAACAUUCCGAGAACGACAAGCAAUUAGUGGAAUUAAAUUGCAAUUGCUUUUCGGACAACUACAGCAAAGCAAUCGAUGAACAACAAUCGGAUCCGCAAGACGUUGAUUCGACAAACGUAGAAAUUGAAUGCGACUCAGAUUUGUCUUGUCUAGCUAACAAUUUUCUAAAUAUCACAGUCGCCGAUAUUAUUUUCGACGAUGUUUUUGAAAAAAGAGAGUCUCGUAACGACGACGCGACAACAAAUGCCGGAAACUGUUCCGGGAUGACGACAAAGUUGUCCAACAAUAAUUUGUUAGCGACUUCAAUUCAAACGUCCAGAAAAUUGAAAGUAUCGUCGAAAGGAAUCACGGUAGACGUAAGUUGUCCUCAAUCCGUGGUUUGUCUCGCAUCCGAUGACAGAAACAAUAUUUCUACCGUCGUGAAGACGUACGAUAGAUGCGAUAAAAAAGUAGAUCCUGCCGUUUGUUGCUGCACGACCGGAGACAUUCUUUCGAACGUUACAAAGAGAGAAAAUCAAACUAUUUGCGAUAAGAUAGGUUUUAAUAUCAGCGAUGGAACGCGAGAUUUUGUUCAAUCACAAAAGAGAUUUCCCACGUUGAAGGAGAGACUUGGAUGUUAUUCGAACGCGAAUUUAAGCGACGGUUUUUCGACGGAAGAUUUUUACGCGGACAACAAUUCAACGUACGUGGCGUCUCAGUCGUGUCGUCGGUUUUCGUACUCGACAGCGAGCGAAUUCGCAACAAGCCGCAAACGAGACAAAUCGCAAACUGCUCACAGGUUGCAAAAAUCGUUCAGGUUUCGUCAACGCGGCCGCUCAACCUCCUCGUCGAGUGAUAUUUUUCGUGCGAAUUCUUCUUUUGCAGCAACGAAACACAGGAGGACGUCUUGUAGGUGUCAAAAUGAUAAUUACGCUGACGACACGCGACCGCAAGUGAUAUUUGUGCUGACCAAGUUUCGCAAUUCCGUCGACAGAUCUCUCGGCAAAAUAAAGCGUUUGAUUCACACGAAGCUGGACAGAGUAUUGUUCGGUAACCGAAUCAAAACGACGAAUAUGUGGAAAACUUUGUGGAAGAACGAAGAAUCUUCCGAAUAUAUGAGACAAUCGCGUGGAAAACGCAGAAGACAGAAUUACAGUGUAACUUCGUGUUCUCUCUCAACUUCCGACUACUGCAAACAAGGUUGCGUGUUUUCAAGCGAGUCCUCGGAUGUGACACUGUCAAUUAUCAGAAAUCGAAGCGGAGAAAGGUGCGAAAAAGCGAAAUUUUGCGGAUUUGCCGGUAGCGGUGAGGUCUUAGGGAGCGUCCGCUCAAUCGAAGCUUUACGGUCUCGUGAUUUAUUGACUCCUACGCUCAAAAAUGCGGAAGAACAGAAAUCAAGCGGUAACAUAUUCGAUCGCAGUAAAGAAGGAAAAAUUAAUUCCUUUUUUUUUUUUUUUUUAUAGAUCAUAAAGCUAUAUUUUCGUAGAGACAUUAUGGCAGAACAGUAGUAAGUAAUUCGUGUUGCAUAUUUAGAACGUACCGUCGGCAAAGAGAAGAUAAAGUAUCGUACAAACCAUUGAGUACAGGCAGCAUCCCUCCGGGCAGAUCGAUAUUUCCUGGCAACCACCGGAAAAGGGUGUCUACCCCCAAUCGCUGUUUGUAACAAUGCAAGUCGGUCGUCGAGUUCGAAGGAGAAUUCUUUAGCGUAGCAUGUAAGC